ACAUUGUGUUGCCCUGAGUGAGUCAGUGAGUCUCACCUGGAUGGGUGUGGUUUCUCCCAAAGCAGCGGGUAUCGCUUCAUUUUCUUCUGGUUUCUCUGCUUUGGCUUGAAGUGUUCGGCAUGGAUCUCUUACCCUUUAAAUCGUUUUUAUUUCUGCUCUCUGUUGUCGGCUGCGGUUCCAAUAUUCUUCCUCCAGGAAAAUUGUACCUACGUUCAGGGCAAAGUGUGACUUUUGAAAUUACGCUUCCGUGGAAACCCAUGGUUGUCUCAUGGUCCUUUACCAUCGGGAGCGAUCCAGUCAACAUUGCAAGUUUUAUAGCAUCAAAUGUGACCAUUAACCCGGAUUACAAAGAAAGAGCAUCGCUGAACAAGGAAAACGGUUUCCUGACGCUGACGGACCUGACGGAGGCAGACAGUGGAUCUUAUGGGGUUACUGCGAUGUCUGGCUCUGGGACGUUGCUUGGAGAGCGGGAAGUGAUCAUCCUGGGACCAGUGUCCCAUGUGGUUAUCGAGUCCAGUAUCUCUGAGGCCAUCGAGUACAACAGCACCGUGGUUCUGACCUGCUCUGCUAAAGGCUCCUCCCUCACGUUCACCUGGACCAAUAAUACUGUUCCCAUCAAGAAUGACGGCAAACGCAUCACCGUGGAGGAUGAAGCAACAUCCAGUAAGCUGACAAUUGUUGGUGUUUUGAGGUGGGACCUGAUGGGACCAAUCUACUGCACAGCCGCUAAUAAACUGGACUCAAACAAGAGCGCCCCCUUCAACCUCACUGUCUUCUAUGGUCCAGAUGAAGCUAUUAUUGUUCCUGCUGAUCCGCCCAAAUACAUCAAGUCCAACUCCACAUUCAACUUAGUCUGUACAACCCCAUCUGACCCGCCCGCCACCUUCAAGUGGUACCGCGAUAAAGAAGAGCUUGAUGUCACGAUUCCACUGCUCACCCUGAAAGAUCUUGAAGGCCUUAAGUUGGGGGAAGAAAUGGGAAACUACCACUGCAUGGCCAGCAACGCCAAGACCCAGCGCAGUGCCUCCUCUGGUGUCGUUACCUUUGCCGUGAUGAAGGCCAUAUCCGGAGCGAGCAUCACUGGGCCGUCUCUUACCCUCAUUGCUGGUAACAGCUCAGCCAACCUCAGUUGCCAGGCAACAUCAGGCACCAUAGAGUCCAGGACAUGGAAGAAUGACAACGGGCCACUUUCUGCCAGUGGCCGCAUAGUGUUUGCCAACGACAAAAGUAGCAUCCUGAUAAACCCCGUGGAGAAGGAUGACAAUGGAAAGUACAAGUGCGAGCUCACCAACCAUGUCAGCACUGACACCGCCAUCUACAACCUGAUAGUCAACUUCGGUCCAGAAGCGGCCACAGUGACGGGUGUAGAGGCUGUGGAGGUGAAUGACCCUGUGAAGCUGACAUGUUUUGCUCAAUCCGUCCCACCUGCCACCUACACCUGGAAGUUCAAUGGCAGUGUAAUUGACAACCAGACUAAUGUCUAUACAAUUGAGAAGGCCAUCUACAAGAACUCGGGGACGUACAUGUGCGAGGCGCACAAUUCCGUUACUGGCCAAACCACAGUGACCAACCACAAGCUGUCUGUCAAAGAGGAAGGAGCGCUGGAUGAAGGUCUUUCAGAUGGCGCCAUCGCUGGGAUUGUCAUUGCCGUUCUCAUCACCCUGGGUGCCGUCAUCGCUUUGGUCAUGUACUGCAGACAGAAAACACCGAUUGAGUCACCGUACUAAAGAUGUCCCUCCUCGCUGCUGGAUCCACCCCACCAUGCCCCCACAAAUCUGUGCAGACGGGCGGUGCGUCCUCUUGGGUCCAUCUGGUUUUGACUACAGAUUUCUUCAUUGACGUCUUCGCUCCCUCGCCGUCCGACAUAGAAAUCUUUUGGAUUUGAUCAGACUUUGGAUUAUUUGCUAUUGUUUUUAAAGGUUUUACCUCCCCCCCCCCCCCCCCCCAAUCUAUUUCACUUACAAACAGCAAACCGUCACUGGAUUUUUCUUUUGCUUCAUCACUUCCGGUUUGCUUGAAGGUUCCUUAAGACAACCUGAAACACUUUGAGUGAUGGAGACUUUUCCUGGACAUAAGCGAUGACUGAAUCGCAGAGAGGAGGAUCCGUUUUAAUGUCGCACACGCAGGAGUAAAAAUGGACACAGAUCCCACCCCACCACUGACCACAAUCCAAAAAAAAGUUUGUUUUUUUUUACUCUAUUCUUUUGCUUCUGGUGCUAAACGGGCAGAUGGUGACUGCAAAGACUUUUGGACCUAAAGACUUCGUUUUGUCGACUUUAUCACAUUUACUUUCAACCCAAAAGAGCUUUUCUGCUCCGCUGCUUUAUUUGACACGAACAAAAAAAACAAACAAAUACUUUAAUAAUUGAUAGUUUUUUUAAUUGUUAAAAUUAAUCUAAACCUUAAUUUGCUCCAACUCAAAAGUGUGGAUUUGCUCAGUUUUAACUUUAAAACUAGGAUGGGGAAACCGUGUAAUUUUUUUUUUUUUUUUUUUUUUUUUUUUUUAAACGUUAAACCCAGAAAAAUGUUAGAUUUAUAAAGUUGUUCUGCAGUGAGAUCAAGUAACAGCCUCACAAAACACUGAAACUGCGAAAAAUGUGGUUUGGAAGCACCAUACCUGAUUUACAGCAGAAUAUAUAUAUACAUACAUAUCUUUGUUUUAAGAUUUAAGGUAUACAUAACUGAUUUUAAAAUUUUUGACUUCUUACAAGUCAUCAGAUUCCCUGCGUGAGAAAAGAUUAAACAUGUUCUGAAAGCACAACAACAACAACAACAAAAACACAAAAGCUUGAUUUCCUGGCUCAGCUGGAGGGGGCGUGGCUAAAUGCAGAGGGUUAUCCUGCUCCCUGACCUCAGACACUUAGCGUGAGAAUAUAACAGUUGUGUAACAUUCAUUGAUUUGACCACUGAGCAUGUUAUUAUAAGAAAGUGAUCCAUUAUUUCUGCUGUGUUGAUUUAAUCAAAUUGAGUUAUUGUGAUGCUUACAACUUCCAAGUUAACUGUGCUUUCUCCAGUUACCACGGCAACAAAUGACUGAGGCACGACUGUCUUGGAAGUUGCUUGUUUGCGAUAUUUGUAUCACCAUAGGUGACAAUAAUGAUCAAUUUGGAUUUGGUUUUUGGAAACGGAUUCAGAUAUUUGUUUCAUAGAACUUUUCCAUUGAAGACAAAUUGGUUUUAUUGAUUUUAUAAACUUUUCUGAGUGGAAGACAGUUUCAGCAGCUUUUAAAAUACCUGAAAUGUUUUAAUGUGCUUCAGAGUUUUUUGAAUUGGGUUUCAAAUGGCUUUCUUCUGUAUUUAUCUGGGGUAACAAAAAAUGAUGUUGAAUUAUUUUAAAACUUAAAGUUAAGCAGCUCUGUGUGAAAUGUUACAUUUUUUAAAGUUUGGGUUUAAACUGAUGAGUCAAAGUUUAGUUCUACACAAAAGUGCAACACUGAUGCUGCUUUUCCAAGGAAAAUGCUGCAUAGAAUUAUUUUAAGUAAAAAUAAUCCAUUAUUUGCAGCAAUUAAAUUGGACUUAUUUGAUAUCUGUGGGAAAUGUCACUUUUAGUUUGUGUUGAACAGUUGCAGGUGUAACUCUGAACGCUGUAGCUGUCAAUCACCGAGUGGUGGUUUGCUUGUUGGUCGUAUGAAAUAUAAAUCUGGAUUAAUGCUGCCUUUUCACUGGUGAUGUGGACUGUUUCAGUUCAUCUGAAUGUAAGUUGGUGCUUUGAGUUAAAAUGUCAGUGAACUGUGUCACAGAAUAGUUUAAAACUAUCUUUGACAGUUGGCGGCUAUCAUAUUAGCUGUGUCAGCUAAUACGGUUUAGAAUUCCAUUGUGACCAAAGUAAACCUGUUCUAAAACCAGACCAGUAUAGUCCUUUCACAUGCAGGUUAGCUAGCUAGCUAGCAGUUGCGACAGUCACUGCUUAUGCUAGCUUGGGUAAUAAGAUUAUAACUUGCUCUAAAACAAGGGUGUUUGUUUGCCGCAAAUAAAAUAUUUUAAUAGUAUGUGCAAGUCAGGAUGCCCAGUUACUAGAUUUUAUUAAAUAAAUUAACCUUCCAGUUGUAAUUAUUAUUAAUAUUAUUGUUGUUUUUAUACGAUGAAUUCAUGCAGAUGAGUUUCAUUGCUAAUUCAUAGUAUGACGCAAUGUCACAGCGACGGGUUAAAAAAAGUUUUUAGUUGUUCUCGUAUCUGAUUUUUGUGGAAGGAACUCAAAUUCAAAUAUAGCUACAGAGGAGACCUUUAUGAAAACUAAUAAUUUAGUCUGUUUUUUCCAUGCUUCUACCUGUUGCUUUUAACUUUAUUUUCUGUUUCAGUGAGUGUGUUGAAAGCUGCAGGCAAACGCUUCAGAGACGAGAUUUAACAUGCAGGAAUAAAAUUAAGAUGAGGUGUAGAAGGAGGGUGGGAAAAAAAAAUACGCGGGAAAGUGGGUGGUGACAUUCUUUGUGGUUUGGAGGGAAGGUUUGUGUGUUUCUAUAACCGACCUUCAUGCCAAAGAUACUGGAGCUACACAUAUCCAUCCUCGGUCGCAACCAGGUCACAAUUAGUUUUAAAGAUGUCGAUAUCGCUAUCAUGGAAAAACAAACACGUUUUUAUGGUAUCUGAAGUUUGGCUUUUAAUGGGUCACUUAAAAAAAGAAAAAUUAAACCUCAGUUGAUUUGUUCUGCGCUUUUUGAUUAUUAUAAUUUCUGUGGUGGGUGUGUAUGGAAGCCUUUUCGUGUCAAAUUGAAUAAAAAAUCAUACCACAGGAGACUUGUCAUGUUUCAGAGGGGAAAGAAUUUGGAUGAGACAGGAACUAAAAGGUGGCACUUGCAAGACUGAGAUGUUUCUGAUUGGCCAAAUAAAUUUGUAAGAAAGCAGUUUGAAGAAAGGCGGGGGAAUGGAACGGUUAAAAGAAAAAAAAAAUCUAUCUAUAAAACAACAAGCGUCUGUGUCAGUACGAGUAUAUGGCUCUCUAUCUCUCUAUUUGUCAGAUCGGCCUCAGCUUUUGGAUAUGGCUUUGCGCGUAGUACGCUGAUGUGCAUCCUUUAUUUUGAAAAUUUUUGUGAAUUAUUUUCAAAACCUUUAUUUUGAAACCUUUAUUUUUAUUAACAUUGUAACAUUCGUACUUCCAAGAUGGCGUGGCAUGCUGAGUUACUGGUAGCAAGUUAAACAACACAGAUAAUUCAUGUUGCUCACACGAUUUACAAUGACACGUUUAAUGAUAGCAUCCCAGCAAUACUUUUACUGUGAAACGCAUGCUACCAGUGUUCCUUGCGACUGAGUUUAACUUGACAACACUAAGGAGAUGUUAGCUAAAAUCCAUUUUUUGGUAACACCAACAAAUUUCUCACAAUUUGUACAGCGUUUCAGUAAGUACAAAUUUGAAUAAAAUCUUAUAUUUGCUGUGAGUUCAGCGUUUAAAUAAACUGUUUCAGGAGGUGGGAUACUGAGGAUUUGCUGGUUAAAAUAUUCUAAAUGUUCUGUUUAAUUUUGUCUGAAUCUCUUCCAUUUAUGUAUUGUUUUAGGGAAGGAAUGCAAUGGUUAUCCUUGAAAUUCCAGGAAUUUGUAUUAGUCAUGUGUUUUGUUUAUGAUGUAUGGAAUUUCUAAAUAAAUCAAAUAUAGGAAUUCUGUUUAUUUUCAUAAUUGAUAAUAAAACUGAUUUUUAAAACGAUUUGAAAUACUAUAUUCAAUAAAUAAAACAUAAGUACACCUCUUGUACGUUCUAUCUACCUUAAAAAACACAGCCUCAUAUGACCAUCCAUGAGAAAUCUACUUAUGCUGCCAAUUUUCUAUCAGAAUACAAAUUUCCUACUGGCACUGCACUAAUAUCAGGAAAGCUAUUAGUGUAACUACUUAUUAUUUAUUUUAUUUUUUUUAUAUUGGCAUUUUACAGCAGUUUGAAAGCAGCAAGAAAGCUGUGCUGGGGCCAACAUUCCCAACUAGACUUUCCAGAUGAUCAGCUGAUUUGGUUUCAUAAUCCGGUUCAUUUGGUGUCCAAAGCAGCUAAAGAUACAGUGAAAUUAAUAUACAUUUUAGUAUGAAUAUCCUUUAAAUAAACAUAAUUAAGAGACUGAUAAUGUGGAAGAUUAUUCAGCUUUUUUUUUGUGUGUGACUUGAGUGAAUUAUGUUCAUUAUACCUUGAAUUUUAAUGCCAUAACAUAUUUCUCUAAUAGGGAAAAAUGAUCAGGCAACUGGCAUUUUAGUGCCAGAAAAGAGGAAAAAAGGAAUGGAGUGAAGUUAAGCAGAUGCUACAUGAAAAGUCUUCUGUUUGUGUGAUUUUUUUUUUUUUUUUUUUUUUUUUUUUUGGCAUUCAAAGACUCUGGCGUGAUCCGGCUUGAACAUCACUGAUCUCCAGUGAGAAGUAUUUAUUUUGUUGAACUGGAGCUGAAGAUCAUCGCUGGUCUGCAGAUCAAUAAAACAGCAUUUUUAUACUGUACAUUUCUGCUUUGAUCGCAGGAACACACUUAAAGAGCACGUCACUACGCACAUUGUUCCCUCCAAAUGAUGGGGGAAAACAC